GCUGAGGAAACGGCGAGGACUGACUUCCAGCCGCGUCCCAGGCCAGGGCUGGCGGCCCGCGCGCGGCGGCGUAGGUGCCCUCGCCAGGUUUGCUUAUCUUGGGAGCAUUGCUUAUAUAAAGAUCAGUGACCAGUGACAUCAGCCAUGUCAACAAGGCCUUUUGAAAGUCCUCCUCCUUAUAGACCCGAUGAAUUCAAACCAAAUCAUUAUGCACCGAGUAAUGACAUAUAUGGUGGAGAAAUGCACGUUCGACCAAUGCUUUCUCAACCAGCAUACUCUUUUUACCCAGAAGAUGAAAUCCUUCAUUUCUACAAGUGGACAUCUCCUCCAGGAGUGAUUCGGAUUCUGUCUAUGCUCAUUAUUGUCAUGUGCAUUGCCAUAUUUGCAUGUGUGGCCUCUACACUUGCCUGGGACAGAGGCUAUGGAUCUGGCCUUCUAGGUGGUGGUCUUGGCUACCCUUAUGGAGGAAGUGGCUUUGGUAGCUAUGGAAAUGUCUAUGGUUAUGGCUAUGGUUAUGGCUAUGGAGGAGGAUAUACAGAUCCCAGAGCUGCAAAGGGCUUCCUGUUGGCCAUGGCUGCCUUUUGUUUCAUUGCCUCAUUGGUGAUAUUUGUUACCAGCGUGAUAAGAUCUGAUAUGUCUAGAACAAGAAGAUAUUACUUAACCGUGAUAAUAAUAAGUGCUAUCCUAGGCAUCAUGGUAUUUAUUGCAACAAUUGUCUAUAUAAUGGGAGUCAACCCAACUGCCCAGGCCUCUGGAUCUAUGUAUGGUCAACAGAUAUAUGCACUCUGCAACCAGUUUUAUGCACCUGCAGCCACUGGACUCUACGUGGAUCAGUAUUUGUAUCACUACUGUGUGGUGGAUCCCCAGGAGGCUAUUGCCAUUGUACUGGGCUUCAUGAUUAUUGUGGCUUUUGCUUUAAUCAUUUUUUUUGCUGUGAAAACACGAAGAAAGAUGGACCGCUAUGACAAGUCCAAUAUUUUGUGGGACAAGGAGCACAUUUAUGAUGAACAGGCCCCCAAUGUGGAAGAGUGGGUUAAAAAUGUAUCUGCAGGCACACAAGACAUGCCCCCACCGCCAUCUGACUACGUGGAUGGAGUUGAUAGUGCAAUGGCGUAUUCCUCCAAUGGCAAAGUGAAUGGUGGCAAGCGGUUAUAUCCAGAGUCUUCCUAUAAGUCAACGCCACUGGUGCCUGAAGUGGCUCAGGAACUUCCCCUGACUUCACCCAUGGAUGACUUCAGGCAGCCACGUUACAGCAGCAGUGGUAACUUAGAAACACCUUCAAAAAGGGCCCUCACAAAGGGAAGAGCAGGAAUGUCAAAGAGAACAGAGCCAGACCACUAUGAGACAGACUACACGACGGGCGGCGAGUCCUGCGAUGAGCUGGAGGAAGACUGGAUCAGGGAAUAUCCACCUAUCACUUCAGAUCAACAAAGACAACUCUACAAGAGAAGUUUUGACACUGGCCUGCAUGAAUACAAGAGUUUACAAGCAGAACUUGAUGAGGUCAAUAAGGAACUCUCUCGACUUGAUAAAGAAUUAGAUGACUAUAGAGAAGAGAGUGAAGACUACAUGGCUGCUGCUGAUGAAUACAAUAGAUUGAAGCAAGUAAAAAGAUCUGCAGAUUACAAAAGUAAGAGAAACUACUGCAAACAAUUGAAGAGCAAAUUGUCACAUAUCAAGAAAAUGGUUGGAGAUUAUGACAGACGGAAAACAUAGAAGGCUGGAGGGAUUGAAGAAUGUCUUUCUGAUGUCUGCAUUUUUCUCAGAAGGAAAACUGGACUCAAACCUGGGAAGCCAAAACUUUAUGAUUAUUACAUAGUUUUGGUAGUUUUAAUAUCAUCAGUAUUGAAACAUUUUAUAAAUAGCUUUUAAUCAUCAAGUGGGCUGAACACUCCAAUUAAGGAUUUUAUUGCUUAAAUAUUGGUUCUUGUAUUAAGAACAAAAUGCCGUUUAAGGUUUUUAAGCCAGAGAGGAAGUUUCACUUGUAGACAAAGUGUUCUCUCACAGGCAGCCUCAUUUAAUAUUCCUUGUAGCCCUCCAGGUAACCCUUCUAAUCAUUCUUCUUCAGUAAAAACUGGGUCCCUGCAUUGAAUGAAAUUUCAUGUUUCUUAACUUGUGGUUUUGGUUGUUUUAUAACUCACUAAUUAGCAAGUCCCUGACUUGCUUAUUUUAGUAAAUACUGUGUUCUACUUCUUAUUGAUUUUAUUCCUAUUGUAUAAAUAUUUUUUAAUUGUCCUCCUGUUUUCUAAUAAUUAAGGUUAUGUAAAUGUAACAGAUGUGAAUUUUAAAGAUUGUAAAUAUAUACUUUUUAAAAAUCAAAGUUUAAACUUGUGGUUAGAAUUGUAUGUAUUUCUAAAUAGUUUUCUGUUUUUUAGUUUACAUGUUUUUUUAACCAAGUAGGCCUUUCAUUAGAUGAAAGUAUUCAAUUAUAAUUGUGACUUGAAUUGUAUCUCAAAGCAAUGCUCAAGAUCUUUAUAUAUUUUGUAAGAUAUUAAGCCUGGUAUUCCCUGCCUAU